AUGUGGAGCAGAUGGCUAUUGACUGGCUCACGGGCAACUUCUACUUCGUCGAUGACAUCGAUGACAGGAUCUUUGUCUGCAACAAGAAUGGAGUCACCUGCGUUACGCUGCUGGACCUGGAGCUGUACAACCCCAAGGGGAUAGCGCUGGACCCAGCUAUGGGCAAAGUGUUCUUCACCGACUACGGGCAGAUCCCCAAGGUGGAGCGUUGCGACAUGGACGGGCAGAACCGCACCAAGCUGGUGGACAGCAAGAUUGUCUUCCCCCAUGGCAUCACCUUGGACUUGGUGAACCGACUGGUGUACUGGGCUGAUGCAUACCUGGACUAUAUUGAGGUGGUGGACUACGAAGGCAAGAACAGACAUACCAUCAUCCAGGGCAUCUUGAUUGAACACCUCUAUGGGCUAACCGUCUUUGAGAACUAUCUCUACGCCACCAACUCUGACAAUGCCAACGCCCAGCAGAAAACCAGCGUCAUCCGGGUCAACCGCUUCAACAGCACCGAGUACCAGGUGGUGACACGGGUGGACAAGGGAGGAGCACUGCACAUCUACCACCAACGGCGUCAGCCCACAGAGCCCGAGCAUGAGCUGUUCCUGGUGUACGGGAAGGGGCGUCCAGGCAUCAUCCGUGGGAUGGACAUGGGGGCCAAGGUGCCAGACGAGCACAUGAUCCCCAUCGAGAACCUCAUGAACCCCCGAGCGCUGGACUUCCACGCUGAGACCGGCUUCAUCUACUUUGCUGACACCACCAGUUACCUCAUCGGACGCCAAAAGAUUGACGGCACGGAGCGAGAGACCAUCCUGAAGGAUGGCAUCCACAACGUGGAAGGGAUUGCUGUGGACUGGAUGGGGAACAACCUGUACUGGACGGAUGAUGGCCCCAAAAAGACCAUCAGCGUGGCUCGGCUGGAGAAGGCUGCCCAGACGCGGAAGACACUGAUCGAGGGGAAGAUGACCCAUCCCCGAGCGAUCGUGGUGGACCCCCUGAACGGGUGGAUGUACUGGACAGAUUGGGAGGAGGAUCCCAAAGACAGCAAGAGGGGCAAGAUCGAGAGAGCCUGGAUGGACGGUUCCAACCGCAACAUCUUCAUCACCUCCAAGACCGUCCUGUGGCCCAAUGGGCUGAGCCUGGACAUCCCAGCCAAGAUCCUUUACUGGGUGGAUGCUUUCUAUGACCGCAUCGAGAUGGUCUAUCUCAAUGGCACCGAGCGGAAGAUCGUGUACGAGGGCCCUGAGCUGAAUCACGCCUUUGGGCUGUGCCACUACAGCAACUUCCUCUUCUGGACCGAGUACCGCAGCGGCAGCAUCUACCGGCUGGACCAGGCCUCCAAGGUGGUGAGCCUGCUCCGGAACGAGCGCCCGCCCAUCUUCGAGAUCCGGAUGUAUGAUGCACAGCAGCAGCAAGUGGGCUCCAACAAGUGCCGCGUGAACAACGGUGGCUGCAGCAGCUUGUGCCUGGCCACCCCCUGGGGCCGUCAGUGUGCCUGUGCUGAGGACCAGAUCCUGGGCUCAGACUCUGUCACCUGCCAGGCCAACCCGUCCUACAUCCCCCCUCCACAGUGUCAGCCCGGGGAGUUUGCCUGCAAGAACAACCGCUGCAUCCAGGAGCGCUGGAAAUGCGACGGGGACAAUGACUGCCUGGACAACAGUGACGAAGCCCCCGAGCUCUGCCACCAGCACACCUGCCCCUCAGACCGUUUCAAGUGCAAGAACAACCGCUGCAUCCCCAACCGCUGGCUCUGCGACGGGGACAACGACUGCGGGAACAACGAGGACGAGUCCAAUUCUACCUGCUCGGCUCGGACCUGCUCCCCCAACCAGUUCUCCUGUGCCAGUGGGCGCUGCAUCCCCAUCUCCUGGACGUGUGACCUGGACGAUGACUGUGGGGACCGCUCCGACGAGUCUGCCUCGUGCGCCUACCCGACCUGCUUCCCCUUGACGCAGUUCACCUGCAACAACGGGCGCUGCAUCAACAUCAACUGGCGGUGUGACAACG